UCCUGUUUGCAAAAUGGAAAGGUGCGUCCUCCUCUUCGGCUCCUGGGCUUAGAGCCGGAGGAGAAGGAAAAGAAACACGCGCUUUGGAAAGUUAAAACGCCCUGCGCCCAGAUGAAGCAGUUACUCCAUCACCCUCUUCAUCAGAGCUUUGGGACGGUGCUGUGGUCCCCCUUUCCAGGUCCUUGUCUUCCUCCCGCCGGCCUGGGGGCGCCCGCUCACGGGCCUCUCUAUCCCAGAGCUCUUCUCGAUGGUGUUCCCUGCCGGACCGCGAAGGCUGGAGGGAGUGGUCAGCACGCUUUUUCCGCUCGUCGCCCCCCUCUAGCCCACAGUCUCGCUGCCCUGGGCCUCCCGUGCCGGCGGGCCGGCCGGGCGGACAGGCGGGCGCGCUGGGGGCGCGCGGGGGCGGGGGGAGUUCCGGUUCCGGUUCUUUGUGCAGCUGCAGCAGCGGCUCCGGGAAAGAUGGCGGCCCGGGCGGGUUUCCAGUCUGUGGCUCCGAGUGGCGGCGCCGGAGCUUCAGGCGGGGCGGGCGCGGCGGCUGCCCUGGGCCCGGGCGGGACUCCGGGGCCUCCGGUGCGAAUGGGCCCGGCGCCGGGUCAAGGGCUGUACCGCUCCCCGAUGCCCGGAGCGGCCUAUCCGAGACCAGGUAUGCUACCAGGCAGCCGAAUGACACCUCAGGGACCUUCCAUGGGACCCCCUGGCUAUGGGGGGAACCCUUCAGUCCGACCUGGCCUGGCCCAGUCAGGGAUGGACCAGUCCCGCAAGAGACCUGCACCUCAGCAGAUCCAGCAGGUCCAGCAACAGGCGGUCCAAAAUCGGAACCACAAUGCAAAGAAAAAGAAGAUGGCUGACAAAAUUCUACCUCAAAGGAUUCGUGAACUGGUACCAGAAUCCCAGGCCUAUAUGGAUCUCUUGGCUUUUGAAAGGAAACUGGACCAGACUAUCAUGAGGAAACGGCUAGAUAUCCAGGAGGCCUUGAAGCGUCCCAUCAAGUCAGCCUUGUCCAAAUAUGAUGCCACCAAGCAAAAGAGGAAGUUCUCUUCUUUUUUUAAGUCCUUGGUGAUCGAACUGGACAAAGACCUGUAUGGGCCAGACAACCAUCUGGUAGAAUGGCACAGGACCGCCACUACCCAGGAGACGGAUGGCUUCCAGGUGAAGCGGCCAGGAGACGUGAAUGUACGGUGUACUGUGCUACUGAUGCUGGAUUACCAGCCUCCCCAGUUCAAAUUAGACCCUCGACUGGCUCGGCUGCUGGGCAUCCACACCCAGACCCGUCCAGUGAUCAUCCAAGCACUGUGGCAAUAUAUUAAGACACAUAAGCUCCAGGACCCACACGAACGGGAGUUUGUCAUCUGUGACAAGUACCUCCAACAGAUCUUUGAAUCUCAGCGUAUGAAGUUUUCAGAGAUCCCCCAACGGCUCCACGCCUUGCUUAUGCCACCAGAGCCGAUCAUCAUUAAUCACGUCAUCAGUGUUGACCCGAAUGAUCAGAAAAAGACAGCUUGUUAUGACAUUGAUGUGGAAGUGGACGAUACCCUGAAGACCCAGAUGAAUUCUUUCCUACUGUCCACCGCCAGCCAGCAGGAGAUUGCUACUCUAGACAACAAGAUCCAUGAGACAAUAGAAACUAUCAAUCAGCUGAAGACCCAGCGGGAGUUCAUGCUGAGCUUCGCCAGAGACCCUCAGGGUUUCAUCAACGACUGGCUUCAGUCCCAGUGCCGGGACCUCAAGACCAUGACUGACGUGGUGGGUAACCCAGAGGAAGAGCGCCGAGCUGAGUUCUACUUCCAGCCGUGGGCGCAGGAGGCCGUGUGCCGGUACUUCUACUCCAAGGUGCAGCAGAGACGACAAGAAUUAGAGCAAGCCCUGGGAAUCCGAAACACAUAGGGCUUCUCCCACGGCCCUGACCUGGCUGCACCGAUUUCUUUAUUUGGGCCCUGUGCUGCCUGCCUCCUAGCACCUGCCUUGGUCUUGCUUGGGGCCUUCCAGGGGAUGCUGUUGGUUCUAGGACAACACCAGAAUGAAGAGGGUCUCACAUGACACCUGUUGCCCUCUUCUCCCACCCCAUCCUUCCUACCCCCGGCUUCCCUUUGCCCCACAAAGUUCCCAUGUGCCUCUGCCCUCCCCUGGUCUGCAUAGGACCUAUAGGUAGUAUUAGAGAGAGAAUCUGUAGUGGUAAUCAGUGCAUUGAAUGGACUGGGCCUAAGGCCGAGUGGUCUCCUCGGGGACCAGCUACACUGAUCCUGCCCUUCAGAGACCCAGGAGUAGGGAGCUUUGGCCUCCUCUCCGAGACUCAGGCCUGGGGGCACUCUGUAAGCUAGUUGACCUUGGCUCUCCCGAUAACAGAAUCCAGUUUCCUUCCUUCCCUCCACAGGUUUGGAGCAAACUCUCCUUCGCUCGUUGCCCUCUAGCACUAAGGGACCGCUGGCUCUGGGCUCCACUGAGCCCCAGGCCAGUCCAGAGCCCUCUGGGUUGGCCUGCUGGUCUCAGUGCUUCUUACCCCCUCGUGGAGGGUUCACAUCAGUAUUGGAGUUCAUUCCUGUAGCAUCGCUCCCUCCCGGCACACUCCCUGUAGCUGCUCUUUAGGGUUCCCUCCCGCCUGUCCUAACCCAGGGCAUUUGGGUGGGGGAGCCUUGCCUUUCCCUGUCACAGCCCCAGGGUCUCACCUCGGGUACUGGCGUUGCCAGUAGAGGCUGUUCUUUCCUGCUCCUGCCAGGAGGCGUGACUCAUUGGUUCACUCCGCCCUGGCGCCCUCCCCCCUCCCUUCAUGGAGAAACAGGCCUGAAAUCAAACGGGUAAAAGCCCUGGGCCAUCCCUGUCUUCCUGUCCCUUGUCUGCCCGGUUUGCACCCACCGGUGACCUCCAGGCACUGAGGAGUGAAAGCGCCUAGGGCUGGAGCGUAGCUCUGAGUUGGGUCUGUGACCCUUCCUCUUCCUGCCUCACAGGAUUGGGACCCCCCAGCCCCUGCCCUCAAAGCUUCAGGCCCCUCAGGUAGCAGCAGGACCUUGUGAUCUUGGCCCCUUGGAACUGAGAUGGUUUUGCAUCUUUCCAGGAGAGCCUCAAAUUCUUCUUCCAGGUUGUAUCCCCCCCCCCAGUUAGCAUAUCCCAGGCUCGCAGACUCAACACAGCAGGGUGGGAGACAGCUGGGCACAGAGGGGGAGCUGCGUUCCGUACGGGCUCUAAAGCCACAGAACUGACAAGCCCCUGCUUCCCCACCCCCUCCUCAGGCUCCUGCGAGCACACCCCGAGCCCCAUAUCCCUGCCUGUUCCACGCCGCCGCCGGGGACAGCAGAACUUCCUCCCUGACCCCCCUUCCUGUCAUGAUCCCAGCCCUCCCUCGAAAGCUUCUCCCCACAGUGACACUGGCCGACCUCUGUCCUUGGGGCCGGAACCAUGAGAAGGAAGCUCAGCACUCCUCCACGGUUGCCCUGUUGAAGAUAACUGUUUUUAUUAACUGAAUUAUUAUGUUUUUUUCAUGGACCAAAAUUUUUUUUGUACUGCCCCCCUUAUCGAUGUCACCCAGUUUUAAUAAAAGAAACUUCUGAAGGAUGGGUCCCCCUUCCUACUAAGGGAGAGCGCCUCCCUGAGCUCCCUCCUCCAGUACCACUGGC